AUGAAGGGAUUCCUCGCAACCUGUGUCUUGUUCUCUCUUGCUGGACUAUUGCUAGCCGAGCCGUGCGAGCACAAUGGGGUGACCUAUAAGGUGAGCUCGUGGUUCUAAUUGUUUUAAUUAAAAGGUCAUGAACUGAAGUAUGUGAGUUUCUAUUUCUAAAUCAUAUUAAAGAAUAAAUCGAUCUUAUGUCUCGACUAUAACAGUAAUAUGAGGGUCAAAACUGCCCUUCAAACAUAACUGAUUAUAUGAGUCACAAUUGUAAAUAUAAGAAUUAUCUUGUACAUAUAACCUAUCAUAAUUAUGAAUAUAUCUUUCAAACAGAUUUUAAAAUUUAGUAAUCAUAUUUAUAUAAUUCGCCAGCAAGGGUCAAACACCACUACGCAGGCUAUAUAUAGAUACGCCAGAGUGUAGUUCAAUAAUGAGUUCACUAGCGCGCAAAAUAUAAUUCCCCAUAACUACGUUAAACGAUAUAAUUUUUUUUUAAAUAGCGCAACUGUGUUUGGUGCGUAAUAUUUUCUUUUCGUAAAUGAAAUCGUCUCAAUUUAAGUAUUGUGUAAAAAUAUUCGGUUUAUAUUAAUAUAGUUUAGGGGCGUGAAAUAAAAAGUGUGCAGUGACGUAUCAGGGGGGAAGGGGUGUAGCAAAUAUUGGGAUUCUUAAAUGUGCGUUACUUGAGUUCAUGUUUUGUCAAGUAACAUUGUAGAUGGGAUGUUCACACCGCCAAUGUUUGGCGGGCUCUAUCUAGUAUAUAAUAUUUUACUCUUUUUUUUAUAUAGGUAAUUCCAACUUAACACAUUGUUUUAACACAUACUAUUUUUACAGUUACUUUAAAUUAAAAAUAUAUAAUGUAUAUAACAAUGCGAUUGAAGCAAAACUAUUUCCGUGUUGCAGCCUAUGGACGUAUACCAGAAGGACCCAUGCACCACGUGCUACUGUAGUAAAAAAUCGGAAGCUGACUGUAAUAUCAUCCAGUGUGAUUGGCCGCGGUGCGAGCAUGGUGUCUCGCCAGUUACCUUCGAGGGUGAAUGCUGCCCGGGCUGUCCUUGA